AGUACAGGCUUGACAUUUGAGUGUGUUGCUUUGGCUUUUCUUCUUGUGCAUUAAUGUAAAUAUACCUGAAGUUGUGUACAGAAACGUAAAGAGAUAAAUAAAUAAAGGAAAUAUGUUGAAAGUUGUACUACAAAGCGUCAUAGUCUAUGCAAUUUUAAGUACAGCACUGGGAAUCAAUUGUUAUGUGUGUGACACCUCGGACACGACUACACCGUUUCAAUGUGGCGAAUGGUUUGAACGUUUCGAUCGACCCGAUAUACAGACACAAAAUUGUUCAAACGUUCACGACGCUAAAUUCUGCAUUAAACAUGUUGGCCGCUUUGAAGGGGGUAUAGGUGCAAAGCGUUUUUGCUCAUCAAAAGAUUUAGGAAACUAUUGUGAUUAUGUACGUAAUAAAGGUGAUCGCAUGGAUUACAGAUCGUGCAUUUAUACAUGCAACACCGAUGGAUGCAACGGAGCCGACAACAGUUUACGCACAAUCACAACUGUUCAACUUUUAUUUGUCAUUGUUGUGACGUCGCUGUGGUCGCUAUGCUUAUAAGAACGCAUUACUCAAUUGUGAAUAAAUAUCGAAAUGAGAGAGAGAAUUGCAUCACCUAAAGAUAAUAUUCAUUCGAAUAUAAGUGUUUAUAUGAAAAUCUUAGUAUGAGCUUUAUUUUAUUAUUUAUUUAAAUAUUAAUGUCUAGUUGUAGUU